GAAUUUGCAUCCUCUUCAACUCAUUUUAUCAUUCCAAAAUAAUCUUUGUUUCUUGAAUUUUAUUACAUUAAAACAUGUCUUUCGAUUUUAAUCUAUCUCCUUCAGAUGCACACCCUGAAUCAAUGGAUUUCCUUUCACUUGCUUGGUGUAACUUUGCUGUACAAGCUCUUAAGUCUGAGCCACAACAUGGAUCACUUGUUCUAAUUGAUAAUCCUAUCAAACAAUUUGAGCCUAGUAGUCCCAUCAUGGCUCAUCCUACGAGUGCUAGAAUGGAUGAUGCUGAUUUCAGGUCUAUGCCUCCAUUGAAGUCUAAUAAUGAUCUUAAGUCAUGGAUAUGGAUGCAGCAAGCUAUGCACCCUGAAUUGAAUUACAAUAGCUGCAGUUUAAGAAAAAAAUGGAUGCCAUGGAAGCAGAUAUUACCACUAAAAAGCAUGUCAAUAAAGAAAUGGUUUAAGGAAAUAAAAAUGAAGAAGAAAGAAGAACAGAGAUUGCAAAGAGCAGAGGUGCAUGCAGCAAUGUCAAUUGCAGGAGUUGCAGCAGCACUUUCAGCUAUUGCUUCUGAAAAUUCAAAAAAUGAGACAAAUGAAGAUAGAGAAUCAGCAAUAGCUUCUGCUGCUGCUUUGGUAGCUGCUCAAUGUGCAAAAGUUGCUGAAGCUAUGGGAGCUAAGAAAGAAGAUCUUAGAAGUGUUAUUGGCUCUGCCAUGAAUGGCACAAACACUGCUAGUGAUAUCUUAACUCUCACUGCUGCAGCUGCAACAUCAUUAAAAGGAGCAGCCACACUUAAAGUAAGAACAGGAUGCAAGAACAGAUUGAGUGGGGGAUCCCCUAUCUUGCCAAUUGAAAACAACUAUGAUUUGGAUUUUGACUUUGAAAAAGGAAGAUUGAUCCUUGCACAAGGUGCUGAGCUAUAUGUGGAAUCACCAGAAGGGAAGUACAUGCCAAGAUCAGUGUCUGUAAUCCUCAACAGUGAAGCCAAGGUUGUACUAAUGAUGAGGAAGCAUAAUCUACUAAAAAGCAAGAAGGAGAGUAUUAUAAUGAAUAUGCAUGCGGAGCUGUAUAAAGGUUCAGAAAGUGAAGAUGAUAAUACAUGUUAUCUAAUUGUUUUGGCAACAAGAAAAGGCACUUUCAAGAUAGACAUGGUGGAUGAUAUUCGUCGUUACAAGACAUGGGUCACAACCAUCAAUCAUAUGCUUAAGAUUUCUACUUCUUUUGCAAAAUAUGAACUCCAAUUUUACUGAAAUUAAUAUCCAUGUUAUUUUAUAUAUGUAUUCAUUUUGGUACAUCUUUGAAUCUUUUAAUAUUAAUUGGUAAGUAGUAACUAUUAAAUGUUCCUAUUACUAAAUUUGUACUAUCUUCCAAGUAAACAAAAUAGUAAAUUUGUUCAAG